CUCGUUUAGUAAAAAAUUGCAAAACAAAACAGGCUACGAAACAGGAGUGUAGGCUAAGUUCUACAAGUAUUUGGACGGUACAGUAGUGAAAAUAUAACAAACAUGAAGUUGUUAGUAAAAAUACUUAAAGGAGAGGAAUACACAAUCGAGACCACCGAAGAUUCCUCGAUUCAACAGAUAAAGGAAGAGAUCGAAAAGAAAAGCAGCAUUCCGGUCGAGCAUCAGAAGCUACUACUCGUUGGAAAGGCCCUGGCGGACGAGAAAACUGUUUCUUCGUACAGUAAUAUCUCCGAGGGCACCAAGCUCACCUUAGUCGUAAAGAAACCAGAUCCGCUACGGGACGUUAUUUAUCGACACUUUAAACGGUACCUGCAGGAGGAGCAAUCGCAACGACUUACAGACAAAUUUAUGGAUGACUUUGAGCAAAAACUAUACCAACUUAGCUUGGACGAUCUGGAGAAGAUAGCUACCGAAAUGUUGGCAAAAAAGGGUCAAAAUGUGUAAAUGUCUUAGCAUUGUGUAAAGUAUAAGUUAAUGGCGCGUGGGAAGCUGUUUUACAUUUAACUGGAAUUGUUUCGCACUUCUACCGUAAUAAAGAUCCAGGAAA